AACAGUGCUAGGCGCAUUCGUCCGCUGGGAAGAUUGAAUGGCUUGGGAAGGCCGGCAACUCCAAGUCGAAAUUCACCCGCCACCGGCCAAAAUGACUCGGCCGUCUCGAUUAAAUCAGUUUAUACCUACCGACUGAGUUGUGUGGAUGACCAGCAGUCAGUCGAGAAGGCCAAAUGCAUAAUAGAUUUCCAUGGCAUCGAGGUCACCGAGGUCAUUAGGGCAAGGUAUGUAGAGGUGGAGGCUGAAAAGGCGGUACAGCUGGUGCCGAAUCAGAGGAAUCGAAACGAAGCCAUGGCGAAUCCGGCCUUGCAGGCUGUUAGCAAAAAGCAUACCAAAGUGGCCCUCGUCCAUGCAGAUAAACUGGCGCCCACAACGACUCGCCCACCCACCCGCCGAAAAAUUGAAGCAGCGAAGCAGUACCAGUACCAGCAGCACACUAGCCCAAUGGCCUAA